GUGUUUGACAUUCGAAAAAAGACGAAACGGAAACUUGCGCGUGAUUAUGUUUUAUGCAGCGAUUCCCCAAAUUGGAAUUGAAAUCCCAAACUCAGAACCCUAACUCCCUCUCUCUCCUCUCCAUCGCCUCCUUCACGUGCGUGAAACCUAAGCAAACUCAAUGGUGUUCUACUUCAAAGCACGCCCAGAAGCUGGCGAUUUCACCAUCUUCAUGGGCCUUGACAAGUUCGAGAAUGAAGAGCUCAUCAAAUACGGUUUCAUCGAAGACAUAUGGUUCCAUGUUGACAAGAUGUCUUCAGCCCAUGUUUAUGUCAGGCUGCACAAAGGUCAGACUAUUGAUGACAUGAGCGAAGGUUUAUUGGAAGAUUGUGCUCAACUUGUCAAAGCAAAUUCAAUUCAAGGGAAUAAAGUAAACAACGUUGAUGUUGUUUACACUCCCUGGUCCAAUUUAAAGAAAACUGCUUCGAUGGAUGUUGGUCAAGUUGGUUUUCACAAUGGGAAAAUGGUGCGAACUGUGAGAGUGGAGAAGAAGAUAAAUGAGAUUGUCAACAGGCUAAACAAGACGAAGGUGGAAAGAAAACCUGAUUUGAAAGCUGAGCGGGAAGCAGUUAAUGCAGCUGAAAGAGCCGAGAGAAAACAUCAACUGAGGGAAAAAAAACGCCGCGAGGAAAUGGAUAGACUCGAAAAGGAGAAACAAUCGGAGCUUAGGAGCUACAAGGGUUUGAUGGUCUCAGAAAAUAUGACAUCCAACAAAGAUAUUGCAUCAGGAAGCAAAUCAUUCCAGGAAGUGGAGGAGGAUUUCAUGUAAGCAUUGAUUAUUGGCUUAUAGACAGAUGACUGGUGGUCAACUUGCUGCCAUGAUUAAAUAACCCAACUGGAAUCUGGAACCGAGUAGUGUGUACCAAUUGUGAUUUAGGGAUAAAGGAGGAGAGAAAAAAUAGGGAAGGGGGAGUACAAUAUUAUUGGUUUUCGUACCUUGUGAUGGUAUUAUACCCGAUUUAUAACUUUGCUUGUGACAAUGGUUUUUACUUUAUUGUGCUCACAGUCGAGUCAAAACUGAUGUUUCUUGCUAUAA